UUACUUUUCCCUUGGUUACCGGCAAUCGGUCGGCUUGUCUUCCUCGUGAGUCUAUAAAACUCCGAGCUGCUCCUCAUCGCUUGGCGAGCCAUGGCGGAGAACUCCGAGUCUGGGCGAGGGGAGUACACCAAGGACGGCACCGUCGAUCUCAAGGGCAACCCCGUUCUCCGAUCCAAGCGAGGAGGAUGGACUGCCUGCUCUUUUGUCGUCGUGUAUGAAGCGUUCGAGAGGAUGGCGUACUAUGGCAUCUCCUCAAACUUGGUGCUGUAUCUGACCGACAAGCUCCAUCAAGGUACCGUCGCCUCUGCUAAUAACGUCACCAACUGGGUCGGCGCGGUGUGGUUGACGCCCAUCGUCGGCGCCUACAUCGCCGACGCGCACCUCGGCCGCUACUGGACCUUCAUCAUAGCAUCUAUCAUCUACCUUUCGGGAAUGUGUCUGCUAACCUUGUCAGUCUCACUGCACUCGCUUAAACCGCCCCCCUGCGGAGCCAACACCGGCGACCCCAACUGCGACGAGAAAGCCUCGACGCUGCAGCUGGGCGUGUUCUUCUGCGCGCUGUACAUCUUGGCCGUGGGGACCGGCGGAACGAAGCCCAACAUCUCCACCAUCGGCGCCGACCAGUUCGACGAGUUCGACCCAAAGGAACGCGCCCACAAGUUCUCCUUCUUCAACUGGUGGAUGUUCAGCAUCUUCUUUGGCACGCUCUUCGCCAACACCGUGCUGGUGUACAUCCAAGACAACGUCGGAUGGGCCCUUGGCUACGCCCUGCCGACCCUCGGGCUCGCCAUCUCCAUCGCCGUCUUCGCGGUCGGCACGCCGUUCUACCGCCACAAGCUGCCCUCGGGCAGCCCCUUCACUAAGAUGGCCAGGGUUAUUGUUGCUGCCGCGAGGAAGUUAACCGUUCGCGUGCCCAGCGAUCCCAAGGAGCUCCAUGAACUGGAUCUGAACGCAUAUGCUGCAGACGGGAUAUAUCGCAUCGAUUCCACGCCAACUUUAAGGAUCCUCAACAAAGCAGCAGUGAAGACUGGCCCGACGAGUCCGUGGAUGCUAUGCACGGUGACUCAAGUGGAGGAGACGAAGCAAAUGCUGCGAAUGAUUCCGGUCCUGAUCACGACCUUCAUCCCCAGCACGAUGUAUGCUCAAAUCAACACCCUCUUCGUGAAGCAGGGGAGGACUCUCGAUCGACACAUGGGGCCGCACUUUCAGAUCCCGCCGGCGAGCCUCGCGGCCUUCGUUACCAUCUCCAUGCUCAUCAGCGUCGUCGUCUACGACCGGUACCUGGUGCCAUUCACGAGGCGUUGGACCAACAACCCCAGGGGGAUCUCUCUCCUGCAGAGGAUGGGGGUGGGAAUGUCGAUCCAAAUCGUCAUCAUGACGAUAUGUUCGCUGACGGAACGGCACAGGCUCGCUGUGGCGAGGGAGCGCGGUGUGGUGCAGAGCGGAGGGGUGGUUCCAUUGACCAUCUUCAUAUUGCUGCCGCAGUUUGUGCUGAUGGGGAUCGCAGACGCCUUCCUGGAGGUGGCCAAGUUAGAGUUCUUCUACGACCAGGCGCCGGAGGGGAUGAAGAGCUUGGGCACAUCGUUCGCGAUGGUCAGCUUGGGAAUCGGCAACUUCCUCAGUAGCUUCCUUCUCUCGACGGUCGCGCGCGUAACGAAGGAGCAUGGCCACACCGGGUGGAUUCUCAACAACCUGAAUGCCUCCCACCUGGACUACUACUAUGCAUUCUUUGCCAUCCUCGACUGCCUCAACUUCAUCGUCUUCUGUGUUGUGAGCCGGUUCUUUGUUUACAGAGCGGAGGUGCUGGAACAGAGUGAGGAUUCCCAUCAGGUGGGCACAAUAAUUAGUGAAACUUUCUAAAAGGAUUAGUCACACAUGAAAAAGGGCAUAGAUUUCAUGAAUAUUAAAUAAUUACAUCA